UUUAGCAUGUUUAAGGAUAGUUUUAAGUAUUAUAAAGCUCGAAAACCGCCGCCUAAUUUGGAACAUGUGAUAGAUCCAAUGAAGCCUUCGAAUAAAAAUGUUAGGAAAAUGAAUGUUGAUUUCCAGUCUGAAACUGGUUUAGGAGUAAAAUUUGGACUAAAGUCUAUGAAAGAGUGGAAUAUUUACGAAUUUAUCAAUAUACCAGGAUUAAUUUUAUUGCAAAAUCCAUUUACUGCCAAAGGACAGCAAGAAUGGAUUAUAAAAUGUCUAAAAGAAUAUACCGAGAAGCCAAAUAUUACAAAUAUCGAUGCUCAUGGUUUGUUGAGUAAUAACGAAACUUGGUGGGAUACUUGUUUUGGAACAAUGCCAAGAAAAGAUUUGUUAUCAAGAUUACGAUGGACAACAUUAGGGUAUCAUCAUAAUUGGGAUACGAAACAUUAUUCAGAAAAUUUGAAAUCCAAAAUGCCAAACGAUUUGAAAGAUCUAAUAGAAUACCUUGCACGUAUCUUAGGAUUUCAAGAAUUCAAAGCCGAAGCAGCCAUAAUUAAUUAUUACAAAAUGAACUCAACUUUAGCUGGUCAUACUGAUCAUUCCGAAGCUUACCUCGAGGCUCCUCUAUUCUCGAUUAGCUUUGGUCAAGCAGCUAUUUUUCUUAUCGGAGGACUUAAACAAGAGAACUCGGCUCAUGCAUUAUUUUUACGUAGUGGCGAUGUUCUUGUGAUGUCGGGUAACUCUAGAUUAAAAUAUCAUGGAGUGCCAAAAAUAUUAAUCGAUGAAUCUAAGCCAUGGAGUUCGAUGCCCAAUUCUUCAAUAAAUAAUGAAGAUUGGCAAAAAGUAAAUGCUUACAUUUCGGAUUCGAGAAUAAAUGUAAAUGUGAGACAGGUGUUAAAACCUGGGCAGUUAAAUUUAUAACCUAAAUUUUAUCACAUAAACGAUGGUUAUUC